UCAGUUCCAGCAAAGAGUGGAUCCGAGAAACAGUUCCGAUACGUCGAAGAGGAGGAGUCGGAAGAGCUGCCACCGCCUCACCAGAGGUAUCACAUCCCGCACUCUGACAAACAGGUGGAUGAGCCGCCAUUGGAUCCCAUACCCCCUCCCCGACCCGACUACCCGAUACCCAUACCUAUACCUUCAUUCAAUGAUCGGCCAUUGGUUACCGUGGAUUCGCACAAAAACCCCCAUGGUAAGGAUGUCGGGGUCGGUGUUAAUUUGGGGGAAACGUUUCAAAUGGAUCUGAAGAGAGGAUCCGGCAAUUUCGGGGAAAAGGCCCUCAACUUAGGUCUCAAUGUAUUGAGUGGUUUGGUUCGCGUCAAUAUCCAAAGGGAUGGCAAUCGUCGCCAUUCGGGCAAAAGGGGACCCAUCGUUAUAAAUAGCAAUGAAUUGCGGAAACGGUUUGAGACGAAGGGAGAGAUCACUGAUAUUAAUGUGAAUCCAACCAAACGUCACGCCAUUAUUGGCUAUAAAGACAAAGACAGCGCCGAAGAGGCCAUCAAUUACUUCCACAAGACAUAUAUCUUCACGAAUAAGAUUAGCGUUAAUUUGAGUGACAAUACGGACAAGAAGUUCAUUAAAUACGACAAAACUCGUGAUCUCAUCGCAGAGGAGGAGAAACAACAGAAAGACAUCGAAAAGAAGCAGAAGAAGGAGAAGAAGAAGAAGAUAUUGAACGACGAGUUGGAAGAACUCCGAAAGGAUCCAGAAUUCGACGAAUUCCUGAAACUCCAGAGGAAUGUCGAUUCGGGAAAAGGGAAACACAUUUGGAGUAAUGAUCUGACAAUAGCUGAGAAUAAUGUCCAAAGUGUUGAUAACGACGACCAGAACGACGAGUCUGAAGGUCCGGAAGAAGAAGAAGACGACGACAACAAGAAUGACGGCAACGAUAAGAAGAAGUCGUCGAAGAAGUUUGAGAAGAAGAGCCGCCAAAAACGAAUAUAUAGCAAACCCUGCGUCUUGGAGUUGACACAAGUGAUGGUCAAACACAGAGGGUUUAUGGACGGCCACCGCAUUGAGAUCACAAGAAUGGACGCCAAUAAACCCAAAGCCGACGCAAACGCCAACACAAAAGCGAACCCAAAAAAGGAGCCGAAGUGGAAGUUCGCGGAACCGGCGUCCGAACCGGUCGGCGAAUCGGGCAGAAUAUAUGUCCGCAAUCUUUCCUACACCUGCGAUGAGACAGAAUUGCGGGAACUCUUUGAACAAUACGGACAGUUAUCUGAGUUUAAUUUACCCAUCGAUUCAUACACGAAGAAACAGAAAGGCUUCGCUUUCGUGACGUAUGUAUUCCCCGAACACGCAGUGAAAGCGGUCGCAGAGUUGGACAAAACCGAUUUUCGCGGACGACUACUGCAUCUGAUCGCUGCUAAACCCAAACCCGAGGACUUUGUGCCGCCGUUUGUGGCGGAGAACGAGAAGUCGUCGUAUAAGAAGACAAAACAGGCAGAGAAGAAGAGUGAGGCCCACAGCUCUCACCAGUGGAACAGUCUGUUCAUCGGUACGAACGCCGUGGCGGACAUUAUGGCCAAAAAGUUUAACAUAAAAAAGUCGGAUCUGUUGGCCGACAGUACGGCGAAAGAUAGCGUCGCCGUACGGAUGGCUUUGGGAGAGACACAGAUUGUGAACGAAAUGAGACGCUUUUUGCUCGAGAAUGGCGUCCAUUUGAAAGCGUUUGGCGAGUCGUCCGCCGGUCAGAGAAGCAAAACAGUGAUUCUCGUCAAGAAUUUACCCAUCGAUACGAAAGCCGAAGAGAUUCGGGCGUUGUUUGAGAGACACGGACUCGUUCUGAGAGUGAUUCUACCCCCCAAUGGGGUGACGGCUAUCGUUGAGAUGCAAGAGACAAACGAAGCGAAACAAGCGUUCAAUAAGUUGGCGUACAAUAACUUCAAACACUUCCCGUUAUAUCUAGAGUGGGCUCCGGAUAACGUGUUUAGAGAUCCCGACAACAAGAAUAUCGACAAAGAGAUCGACGAAUUGAUCGCUUUGGAGAAGACGGACGCAGAGCUGACUAAACAGAACAUUACUAGCGAUGAGAAACCCGAUAGAAAUACAUACGAAACGAAUAGGAAUGAAGAGUUAGAUGUAGAGCCGGAAGAGGACACGACUUUAUUCGUUAAGAAUCUGUACUUUGAGACGAGUGAUGAAGAUUUUGGCAAUCAUUUCAGAAAAUGUGGACAAAUAUAUAGCGCGAACAUCGCCUACAAGAAGAGUGCCGAUAAAGUGCUGUCCAUGGGUUACGGUUUCGUUCAAUUUGUUUAUCAAAAAUCUGCUCAAAAGGCGCUCAAAGAAUUACAGAAUUCAGUACUCGAUGGACACACACUAGAACUCAAACUUUCCAAUAGAACCACACAAUUGAGACAAAAUGCGUCUUCCGGUCGGAGAUCAGCCAAUGAGACACAAUCGAAACAAACGGGAACUAAGAUUUGUGUUAAGAAUAUACCAUUUGAGGCCACGCAAGACGAUGUGAAAAAGCUUUUUAGUGUUUUCGGUGAACUCAAAGCAGUGCGACUGCCGAAGAAAUUGGCACAAAUAGGAACUUAUCGUGGAUUUGGUUUCGUAGACUUUGUAACCAAAACCGACGCAAAAGUACGUUCAACGGACAUGAAAGGACUUCCAUUCAAAGUGAAGAAGCGUCAGAUCAAAGACUUCAUCGAACCUCUAAAGCCUAUGAGUCUUCGGUUACCGCCGAAAGUGAAAGGAAUCGCUUAUAUAUCGUUUGGGACGCAGAAAGAGUUGACACAAGUGAUGGUCAAACACAGAGGUUUUAUGGACGGCCACCGCAUUGAGAUCACAAGAAUGGACGCCAAUAAACCCAAAGCCGACGCAAACGCCAACACAAAAGUGAACCCAAAAAAGGAGCCGAAGUGGAAGUUUGCGGAACCGGCGUCGGAACCGGUGGGCGAAUCGGGCAGAAUAUAUGUCCGCAACCUUUCCUACACCUGCGAUGAGACAGAAUUGCGGGAACUCUUUGAACAAUACGGACAGUUAUCUGAGUUUAAUUUACCCAUCGAUUCAUACACGAAGAAACAGAAGGGCUUUGCUUUCGUGACGUAUGUAUUCCCAGAACACGCCGUGAAAGCGGUCGCAGAGUUGGACAAAACCGAUUUUCGCGGACGACUACUGCAUCUGAUCGCUGCUAAACCCAAACCCGAAGACUUUGUGCCGCCGUUUGUGGCGGAGAACGAGAAGUCGUCGUAUAAGAAGACAAAACAGGCAGAGAAAAAGAGUGACGCCCAUAGCUCUCAUCAGUGGAACAGUUUGUUCAUCGGUACGAACGCCGUGGCGGACAUUAUGGCCAAAAAGUUUAACAUAAAAAAGUCGGAUCUGUUGGCCGACAGUACGGCCAAAGAUAGCGUCGCCGUACGGAUGGCUUUGGGAGAGACACAGAUUGUGAACGAAAUGAGACGCUUUUUGCUCGAGAAUGGCGUCCAUUUGAAAGCGUUCGGCGAGUCGUCCGCCGGUCAGAGAAGCAAAACAGUGAUUCUCGUCAAGAAUUUGCCCAUCGAUACGAAAGCCGAAGAGAUUCGGGCGCUGUUUGAGAGACACGGACUCGUUCUGAGAGUGAUUCUACCGCCCAAUGGAGUGACGGCUAUCGUUGAGAUGCAAGAGACGAGCGAAGCGAAACAGGCGUUCAAUAAGUUGGCGUACAAUAACUUCAAACACUUCCCGCUAUAUCUAGAGUGGGCUCCGGAUAACGUGUUCAGAGAUCCCGACAACAAGAAUAUCGACAAAGAGAUCGACGAAUUGAUCGCUUUGGAGAAGACGGACGCAGAACUGACUAAACAGAACAUUACUAGCGAUGAGAAACCCGACAGAAAUCCAUACGAAACGAAUACGAAUGAAGAGUUAGAUAUAGAGCCGGAAGAGGACACGACUUUAUUUGUGAAGAAUCUAUACUUCGAGACGAGUGACGAAGAUUUUGGCAAUCAUUUCCGAAAAUGUGGACAAAUAUAUAGCGCGAACAUCGCCUACAAGAAGAGUGCCGAUAAAGUGCUGUCUAUGGGUUACGGUUUCGUUCAAUUUGUUUAUCAAAAAUCUGCUCAAAAGGCGCUCAAAGAAUUGCAGAAUUCAGUACUCGAUGGACACACACUAGAACUCAAACUUUCCAAUAGAACCACACAAUUGAGACAAAAUGCGUCUUCCGGUCGGAGAUCAGCCAAUGAGACACAAUCGAAACAAACGGGAACUAAGAUUUGUGUUAAGAAUAUACCAUUUGAGGCCACGCAAGACGAUGUGAAAAAGCUUUUUAGUGUUUUCGGUGAACUCAAAGCAGUGCGACUGCCGAAGAAAUUGGCACAAAUAGGAACUUAUCGUGGAUUUGGUUUCGUAGACUUUGUAACCAAAACCGACGCAAAAAGAGCGUUUGACGCGUUAUGCCAUUCAACUCACUUAUAUGGCAGACCAUUAGUGCUCGAGUGGGCCAGAGAUGCCGGCGAUGACACGUCUGACACAGAAGCCCGACGUGUGGCCACCGGAACGGCGCACAAAGUCGACUGCACCCAAAACUGGAAGAGCUGUCAUCAACAGAUGCACGGCUACGGAGGCACUGAAACUACUACUACUCAAGAGCUGCCGAAAUGGUAUUAUAUUGUGUGA